UCCUGCUCCCUGCCCUGUGCACGACCCAGGUGUCCCCUCCCCUAUACCUAGGGCGCGCCUUCUUUGCGUCCUCUGGGAAGUGAGGGGAGCUCUCCAGCAGGGGUGGGGGUGGUCCCGGUUCUGUGCCUUCUCAGGUCGAGGGUUGCUCCAUCUGGGGAGGUCGCCUGGGAGCGACUGAGCGAUGAAGGGCGGGCAUCUAUGUGCCCGGAAGGCUGCGUGGUGCGCUGCGGGCCCUUCCCGGGGCCGUCGCCUCGGUGGUGCGGCGGGUGCGCAGGGUGCUGAGCGUCCUAUGGAGCGGCCGGUGCCCGCUGCACCCAGGCCCGAGUGGGAGCAGAGGGAUGAGGUGGAGGAGCCGACAGGACAGGGAUGAACGCACAAUCGCCCUUGUGAGGCAGUAGCCCUGAGGGGCCACCAGGCCCUGGGCCCAGCAUACGGCCUGGACACAAUGCACCCUAGCAGGCGCAGCCUUCCUUUCCCCCUGAACUGUCAACUUGUAAGGGUUGGAACAGCUGAUUAUGGAGGGGGCACGGAUCAGAGUGAUCAGCAGCUGGACUGUGCCUUGGACCUCAUGAGGCGCCUGCCUCCACAGCAGAUCGAGAAGAACCUCAGCGACCUGAUCGACCUGGUUCCCGGUCUGUGUGAAGAUCUCCUGUCUUCUGUUGACCAGCCACUGAAAAUUGCCAGAGACAAGGUGGUGGGGAAGGACUACCUUUUGUGUGACUACAACAGAGAUGGGGACUCCUAUAGGUCACCAUGGAGUAACAAGUAUGACCCCCCUUUGGAAGAUGGGGCCAUGCCAUCUGCUAGGCUGAGAAAGCUGGAGGUAGAAGCCAACAAUGCCUUUGACCAGUACCGAGACCUGUAUUUUGAAGGCGGUGUCUCAUCUGUCUACCUCUGGGAUCUGGAUCAUGGCUUUGCUGGAGUGAUCCUCAUAAAGAAGGCUGGAGACGGAUCCAAGAAGAUCAAGGGCUGCUGGGAUUCCAUCCACGUGGUGGAAGUGCAGGAGAAAUCCAGUGGUCGCACCGCCCAUUACAAGCUGACCUCCACGGUGAUGCUGUGGCUGCAGACCAACAAAUCCGGCUCCGGCACCAUGAACCUCGGGGGCAGCCUUACCAGACAGAUGGAGAAAGAUGAGACUGUGAGCGACUGCUCCCCACACAUAGCCAAUAUCGGGCGCCUGGUAGAGGACAUGGAAAAUAAAAUCAGAAGUACGCUGAAUGAGAUCUACUUUGGAAAGACAAAGGACAUUGUCAAUGGGCUGAGGUCUGUGCAGACUUUUGCGGACAAAUCGAAGCAAGAAGCCCUGAAGAACGACCUGGUGGAGGCUUUGAAGAGAAAGCAGCAGUGCUAGACCUCUGCUUCGCGCCCUCCGGCCACGCCCUGCGCGCGUUAGGUUCCUUUCUUAGAAACUCGUUUUCUGCUCCCUCUCCCUGUCCCUUCCCUCCCCGACAGGUCACUCACGCAACAACUCGCAUCAUCCACCGCGCAGCGCCAUCUCUCCCGAGAAUAAAGCCCGAUACACGCCCUGUCCGGCUCUGCGGCCUGCUUCCCGCCACGUUUUGCUAUCGAAACUCUCGGUAUUUCCAUAGAGACUGUGUGGUUUUGUUCGCCCGGGCCCCCCACCCCUCACCCCCGCCAUUUAUAGGCAUAAAAACACUGUCAGCCUCCCCUCCCCUCCCACCUUUUUGUUACAUUGGUGUAAAAAAUGUAAAACAAAAAAAUUUUAUGAAAUAACUGUGGUGUGUGAAAGAAGAAAAACUGGAAAUCUGAUUCCAUGUGUGUUUGGGAGUUGCUUGGGGUUGGGGUGGGGGGACAGGGGACAGCUCUGGGAGAGGGGUGGCCCUCAGCGUUGUCCUGCGCAGACUUGCCCUGUCCUGCGAGACCGUGGCGUGGGGCCGGGGUGGGGGGCUGCCGACCGUUCUGCUCUUCUGGCCAGGUGCUUUUCUGUCAAUUUUUAUGGAAUGCAAAAGGAGUUUUUGUUUUAUUUUGUUUUUUUGUAAAGCUUAAAAGAAAAAAAUCUACAUCUUUUACUUGAGCCUCCAUACUUAAAAAAAAAAGGAAAAAAAAGAACCAAAAAAAUCAAUAAAAAGAAACUGGGACGCAGUUA